AUGUGUUACAGUGUCAAAAUGCAUACUGCCAAAAAAAGUUACGACGGUAAAAUAGCUGGACUAUACGAUCUUGAAGAAACUUUAGGCCGUGGACAUUUUGCUGUCGUUAAAUUGGCACGUCACGUUUUUACUGGAGAAAAAGUUGCUGUUAAAGUUAUUGAUAAGACUAAAUUGGAUGAAGUAUCAAAAGCUCAUUUGUUUCAGGAGGUGAGGUGUAUGAAACUCGUUCAGCAUCCGAACGUUGUUAGAUUGUACGAAGUCAUAGAUACUCAAACGAAAUUGUAUUUGAUUUUGGAAUUGGGAGACGGUGGAGAUUUAUACGAUUACAUAAUGAAACACGAAACGGGUUUGGGAGAAGAUAUGGCAAAAGAAUAUUUUCGUCAAAUCGUACGUGCCAUAUCGUAUUGUCAUCAAUUGCACGUCGUCCACAGAGAUUUAAAACCGGAAAACGUUGUUUUUUUCGAACGUUUGGGAGUCGUUAAGCUCACGGAUUUCGGUUUUAGUAAUAAAUUUUGUCCCGGACAAAAAUUGGACACAUCUUGCGGAUCCCUCGCUUAUUCCGCUCCCGAAAUAUUACUCGGUGAUUCAUACGAUGCUCCUGCCGUAGAUGUUUGGUCUUUGGGUGUGAUUUUAUACAUGUUGGUCGCGGGUCAAGCUCCAUUUCAAGAAGCCAACGACAGCGAAACUCUAACAAUGAUCAUGGAUUGCAAGUAUACCAUUCCGACGCACGUUUCAGACGCGUGCAAACGUUUAAUAGCAAAAAUGCUCGUACGAGAACCUGAAUCGAGGGCCACGCUCGAAGACAUUGCGUCCGAUCCUUGGUUGGGUGGCCUUCCCCAGGUUGAAUAUUUACCUCUAGUCUCGCGUCAUCAACUCACAGAAGAUGACCAUAAUAUAAUUAUAAAUAAAAUGGUGAAUGGAAACAUAGCGACCAAGGAAGAAGUUUUAGAGUGA